AAAUUAAUUUGUUGGACAGGUGAUGAUUGUAUCUCAAUUGUUAGUGGAUCUCAAAAGGUCCUAGCCACUGGUAUUACUUGUGGACCAGGCCAUGGAAUAAGUAUUGGAAGUUUGGGAGCUGGGAAUUCAGAAGCUCAUGUGUCUGAUAUUAAUGUGAAUGGAGCUAAACUUUCUGGAACUACAAAUGGACUUAGGAUUAAAACUUGGCAGGGAGGAUCAGGAAGUGCAAGCAAUAUUAGGUUUCAAAAUGUGGUUAUGAAUAGUGUAAAAAACCCCAUAAUUAUAGAUCAAAAUUAUUGUGAUCAAGAUACUCCAUGCAAGGAUCAGGAUUCAGCAGUUCAAGUAAAAAAUGUGAUUUAUCAAAACAUCAAAGGGACAAGUGCAACAAAUGAAGCCAUAAAUUUCAAAUGCAGCAAGAAUUUUCCAUGUCAAGGAAUUUUAUUGGAGAAUGUAAAAUUAUUGGGAGAAAAUGGUGAAACUCCAGGGGCAAUUUGGGAAAAUACUGACAAUUUAACAUGCAAUAAUGUCUCACCAGAAUGUCCCAGACAAUUAAGUUGAUGAUAUUAGUUUUUAAUAGAUUAUUGGACAGUUUUAAUUAGUAAAUUGAUACAAUAAAAUAAAAAUGGAUAGGGAUUAGGGUUAACUAAGUGUUAGAAUUCAUUUAGCAGAUGAUUUGUGAUAAAUGAUAUUCUUUGUACACAUGAAAUAACAGAUUUGUUGGUUUGAUUAUAAAUGAUAAUAUGAUAUUUCCUUUUA